AUGGAAAGACGUCUCUUUGUUCUCCUUCUUCACCUUAAAGAACUUAAUGUCUCCUCAGUGACCAACUGGAACAAUAUGCAGGAAAUGGACAAUAUCUCCUUGACGAACUCCCAGGUAAUACUCAUGGGCAUCCUCGAGAUCGGUAACUGGAGGUACUUGUACUCAUUGGGAAUCAUCCUGAACACUGUGCCGGUCUUAGUCUUAAGUUCCCUCAUUCUGUUUGUUACCUACACAGAAGAAGCUCUUCAUCAACCCAUGUACAUCUUCAUCUCUAACCUCAUGUUCAAUGAGAUAUACACAACCAUUUUUACGUCCAAACUCCUCAUUGAUGUCCUUAGCGGACGCUACACUAUUCCAUUUGUUGAGUGCCUGGUCCAAGGCUUCUUCAUGCAGAGUUGUCCUUGUGUUGAGAUGUUCACCUUCACCGUCAUGGCCUAUGAUCGAUACUUGGCCAUUGGACAUCCUUUGAGAUACCCGAUGCUGAUGACCAAUAAGACAGCCCUUAGGAUCCUCUUGGCGAUAUGGGUUUACGUCUUGGUGGGAAUAGGUAUAUGUGUCAUGUUGACCUCAAGGCAGACUUUGUGUGGGGUGGAAAUCAACAGUAUGUUUUGUGAAACCAUCUCCCUCAACCACCUGUCUUGUGACGGCACUUAUAGUGUAGACUUUGGAUUUACAUGGGACUUCAUCAUGCUGGUGGGCUGUGGGUUUGUGGUCCUAUAUUGUUAUAUAAGGACUUUCAUUGUCUGCUUUAGUAUCUCUGGAGAUGCCAGCAGGAAGGCUCUUCACACCCUGGUGACCCACAUGAUCGCCUUCUCCACUUUCUUCACUUCAUUUGUGUUCCCAGUUUUCAGGUACAGGUAUAAAGGAGAUGCGGAGACUGUGAUGUCUCACAUUUUGUUCUCACUGCCGGGUGCAUUGUCCUUUUUCCUGAACCCCCUAAUAUAUGGCUUCAGGAUAGAGGCUCUAAGAAAGAAGAUCCUGCAAAAACUAACCAGAGAGAAAAGGGAAAUCUCUGAUAGAGGAAAAAAACGGAAAAACUGA